AUUUCAAAGGCUAAACACAGGAAGAUGAUUCGAUGUCUGUCUGUCUCUCUCUGUCUAGAUUAUCAGCGUCUGAUGACGGUAGCGGAGGGAAUCACGACGCUGCUGUUCCCAUUUCAGUGGCAGCACGUGUACGUCCCCAUCCUUCCUGCCUCUCUCCUGCAUUUUCUGGAUGCUCCCGUUCCCUACCUGAUGGGGCUGCAGUCCAAGGAGGGAACCGACCGCUCCAAGCUGGAGCUGCCUCAGGAGGCAAACCUGUGCUUCGUAGACAUCGAUAACCAUUUUAUUGAACUGCCAGAGGAGUUCCCCCAGUUCCCCAACAAGCUGGAGUUUAUCCAGGAAAUCUCCGAGGUUCUCCUGCAGUUUGGGAUCCCACCAGAGGGUAACCUGCACUGCAGCGACAGUGCCACCAAACUCAAGAACCUGGUUCUUAGUGACUUGGUGAACGACAAGAAGAACGGGAACAUCCCCGGCAAUGCCCUCAACAUGUACGAGCUGCUGAAGGGCAACGAGACGAUCGCCCGCCUGCAAGCCCUGGCCAAGAGAACGGGCGUGACGAUGGAGAAGAUGACCAUCACCACCACCCUCACGGAGAAGGAGAAGGAUGGGAAGUUGCCGUGUGAGGAGCUGGAGCUGAGGGAUUACAAACUGAACGUGCAGCUUCGCGAGGUUUUUGCCAACCGCUUCACGCAGAUGUUUGCAGACUACGAAGCUUUUGUCAUUCAGGCUGCCCCUGAUAUGGAGUCGUGGCUGACAAACAGGGAACAAAUGCAGAACUUUGACAAAGCUUCCUUCCUUUCGGACCAACCUGAGCCUUACCUCCCAUUCCUUUCCCACUUCAUCGAAACACAGAUGUUUGCAACCUUCAUAGACAAUAAGAUAAUCUCCCAGUGGGAAGAAAAGGACCCUCUUCUGCGAGUUUUUGACUCUCGGAUUGAGAAGAUCAGGCUGUAUAACGUGAGGGCCCCUGCGCUGCGGACAUCCAACUAUCAGAAAUGCAGCACUUUGAAAGAAGCAGCCCAGUCCAUCGAGCAGCGGCUGAUGAAGAUCGAUCACACGGCCAUCCACCCCCACUUGCUCGAUAUGAAGAUCGGCCAAGGGAAAUACGAACAAGGGUUUUUCCCAAAGUUGCAAUCGGAUGUCUUGGCAACAGGACCCACCAAUAACAA